GUCUCCCGGCAAUGAAUGAGGGAGGACUCCCCGCGGGUGCCUGGAUGGGAGGGCCUAGGCCGAAGAGGGAGGCAGGGAAGGCGGGCCUGGCCCAGUCCCCGCCCUCGCUGCCGACGUGGCCGGAGGAAAGAGGGAGGGCAAGAGGGGGCGAAGUGCCGGGCGCGCCGCCGCUGCUCCCCUCAGACUCUUCUUCUCCCCGGAAGAGGGACGUCACAACUUUCCUUCAGAGAAUUAAAAAUGUCGGGUGCCACAAGCGACGGGUUAGUUGAAGAGAAAAAUGAAUUACUGAAACCUGGCAGUAAUGUUUCCGCUUCUGAUACAGUGAUGCACAGUGAACCGACAGAACUAAUGUCAUCACAAGAUGAUGAGAGACAAGUUCCUAAACACUGCAAGAAUGAACAGGAAGAGGAUCUGAUAGCUUUAGGGAAUCUUUCAAAUGAGGAACCCUCCAGUGGAGAUGUAGCUGAGAGUGUUCUUCCUGAAUUCAGCGAAUCUGUGAGCCUUGAAACAGAACCUGGAUCUGAGGGGCCAAAUGAAGAGAGUGACUUGGGUACAGAGUCGGCACCUAAGGGAAGUGGAUGGACAACUUGGGGAUCGUGGGGCAAGUCUCUAUUUUCAACAGCAUCUGCCACAGUUGGUCAAGGAUUAACUGCAGUUAAAGAGAAAGCAGCCACCCUCAGAAUUCAUGUUCCUUCCUCUGGGCCAUCAGAAGACCCACAUCCCAGCACAUCUGAAAACCUUGUCGCAAGUGACAUGGAAGAGACCCUGCAACAAAACUCCCCAGAAGAUGCAGCUUCACCUUCAUCGCCGUCUGGGUCACGUGGAAUGUUUUCAACCAUUUCUAGCGCUGUACAAAAUACGGGCAAAAGUGUCUUAACUGGUGGCCUCGGUGCUUUGGAGUUCAUUGGCAAGAAAACCAUGAAUGUCCUUGCAGAAAAUGAUCCUGGAUUUAAGAAAACAAAAAUACUGAUGGAGCGAACAGUUUCUUUAUCUCAGCUGUUGCGAGAAGCCAAAGAGAAGGAGAAGCAGAGGCUGGCGCAGCAAGUGUCAUUUGAAAAGACGGCACAUUAUGGGCUGCUUUUUGAUGAGUUUCAGGGUCUGUCUCAUCUGGAAGCUCUGGAAAUUCUAUCUAAUGAAAGUGAAGCCAAGAUACAGUCAUAUUUGUCCUCACUUGAAGGAGAAGAAUUGGAAACGAUAAAAAAUGCCUUAAUUGCUAUUAAGGCGAUCUUCGUUCAACAGGAAUCAGACAGUGAAGACAGUGAAGUGAUGAAAGAUAUGGGAGAUGAAUUUGUGACCAUUCUUACUGAACUGCUGUUUGAACUGCAUGUUGCUGCGGCUCCUGACAAACUUAACAAAGCUAGAAAGAAAGCAUAUGACAGCUUGGAGAAAGCUAGUCUCCCUGCAUCAAUAGAACCAGAAGAGAACCAAGCAGAAAAAAAUGGAGAAAAUGAAGAAAAACAAAAAGCUGAAGAAGAGUCUCACAUAGAUGAACCUGGAAACAGAGAAGAAAUGAAGAAGAAAAAUCUAGAGGAAAUAUACAUGCUGUCUAUUGAAAGCCUUGCUGAGGUAACGGCCCGUUGCAUCGAACAGCUUCAUAAAUUAGCAGAAUUAAUUCUUCAUGGACAAGAAGUUGAAAAGCCUGCCUUGGAUCAAGCAAAAGUUCUAACAAACUUAACCCAUACAAUGUGUAACGAAGUCUCCUCCUUAUCAGAGAAAUUUUCUGGUGUCUUAACUUCACUUGGGAGUGACAGAAAGGCUGAAUUCCUUAAUCCGAUGGUCAAUGGUGUAUUACUGGAGGGCUGCAACAGCACCACUUACAUUCGAGAUGCAUUCCAGUUAUUGCUUCCAGUUCUCCAGAUCUCUCAUAUCCAGACUAAUUGUUUGAAGACACAACAGUGACCUCUGUACCAGCAGCCUAGUCCUAUAUAAAAUUCAAAACUAUGUCCAAAUCCAUUGGGAAAUCAAAGAGCCUUUGAAGGACACUAGAUGCAGUUUUGCACAUAGAGUAAAAAAACACUUUUGUAUGUGGUUAACUAUUUAAACACAUUGUUAUACAACAGGAAAAAAUUCUUUCAUAUUGCUUGCGUUAAUUUAAGAUAAAACAUGUUCAUUGGUGGAAAUUAAUAUGGGACACUGAUGUACUAAAGAGAAAAUCAUCAUAUUUGAAACAUUGCGCUGGCCUAUUUGUCAGCAAUGAAGGAAUGAAAGCUUUUCCUGUAAAAUUUACAUCAUAUGUUUAGGUACACAUUGGUGCUCUCUAAAUUAAGUGCUUACUUGUUGCUGCAGAUGUUUAGGAUUUAACAAACCAGUAGGAUUAUACUGAUGGGACACGAGGAGGCCUUGCUUCAUAAUAUGACUGUCCUUUACAGAAAUGUGACAGGCGGGCACCUGAGAAAAGGAUUGGACCAAAGGAUUGGAUCAUCCUGUUUUUUUCUUAAAUCUUCUGCAACAUAAUUUUUCCCAUUUCUAGACCAGUUGUAAAUACAAGUUGCGUAUCCCUUAUCUGAAAUGCUUGGGCCAAAAAUACUUUGGAUUUUUCUCAUUUUGGAAUUAUUAUAUUUCUAUAUUCAGGCAUAAGGAGAUAUAUUGGAUUUGGAACCCAAUCUAAACACAGCAUGCUUUUUAUACAUUUCACGUAGCCUGAUGGCAAUUUUAAAUAAUAUUUUAAAUAAUUUUAUGUGUGAAACAAAGUUAGUGUAUGUUGAACCAUCAGAAAGUAAUGGUGUCAUUGUAUCAGCUACAUAGGUAGAAUAUUUUGGAUUUUGGAAUGCUAGAUAAGGGAUGCUCAGUCUGUAACUUAAACAUAACCAAAAUAUCUUUUUACCUUAACACGCCCAUAACUUAAUGAAAGUAUUUUAUUUCUAGAUAUGAAGUCAUUUCAAAUUAAUCUCAGAGACCUUUGUGUUAAUUUCUGAGGGCCAUUCCACAAAUGCAUCAUAGUGGGCCAGGAACUUUCUGGUCCAGGCUCUAAUACUCCUGCUCUCUGAUAGCAUUUCCAAUAUAACAUGAACACUAUGCUAGGUUAUUGCAGUAAAACUACAGAUUUAUUAUGGCUUAAGCUUCCAUAAGCUAGAGUUGUUUUCAUCAAGGCCAUUAAGUAUUAUCCUUCAUAAAUAGGUAUAUAUAUAUAUUAGGUUGCAGGGAAGGUAAGGAUGGAAAAUGUCAACAGUGCAAUAGAACCAAUUAAAGUUUAAAUGCAUAUGGAGUAAUCACAGUGCCCAUUUACAGGUCACUGAUGAUGAUACUACUACACAUAUUUUACAUACAUUAUGUAUUACCGAUAGCUGCCAAUCCAUCAAGUUCCAUGUCUAUCUGUAUUUUCUAAAACCUUGGCUGCGGGUAACACUGCUUUGAGUCUCCUUGUGGAGAGAAAAAGUGGGGUAUCAAUAAACAUCAUCAUAAUAAUUAGUUUAGGUAAUACAGCGUAGGCACAAAAAUUGUGUUUUAUUACUGAAGUAUGGUGCUACAGUUAAGUGCCUUUAUUUGCAAGACCAAAGCAUAAUGUAUAGCAGAAGAGAUUUCCAAGUAGCAUAUAGUGCAGUGCCAUUUAAAGUGGUUCAUUCUGGGUAAAGCUUGACCCGUUUUGUGUCCCCGCUUUUGUUGGAGGCCGUGAUCCAUUUUUUGGGAGCCUUCCGAAACUGGGAGGGCAGAUAUCUGUUUUCGAUCUGGGGUGCUGAAUGAUCAGUUUUCGAUAGGCCUAUUAUGUGUGUGUGUGGGGGGGGGGCUUCCCAGGCUCCCCUUCCCACGCACUUUAAGGAGGCUUCUUCUUACCUGCUCUUUCUUUCUAUUCUAGAGGAGGCGCUCGGCUGCAAGCACUGGCAAGCAUGCAAGCUUUCUGGGCCUGCAUGCCACACCCACACUCUCUCUUCUUGGAAAGUGUGUGUGUGUGUGUGUGGCAUACAGGCCCAGAAAGCAGCGCACAUGCCUGCCAGUACCUGCAAUCGAGAGUCUCCUCUAGAGUAAAAAAUUCUUGCUUUAGAGGAGGCACUCAGCUUCAGGUGGGACUGGCAGGUGCCCACACUUUCUCUCCCAGGCUACAGCAUGCUAACCAGCCAUGCACUCUUUCCAUUCAAAGGCAUUUGCAGGAGGCUUCCACUUCCAAGUAAGGAAGAGUGAUGACCUCCUGGAAGAGGAGAAUAGUUUUCAGGGAAUGAGGGUUUACUUUUUGUUUGCAGGGGAUUAAUAAAAAAGAUUAAACUGUGAUGCUGAAAAGCAGCUUGGAGUCGGUAUCAGCUCCCGCUUGCUUUUGUGGCGAGCUGAUUUUUGUAGCAGGAGGGGGUUCCCAUUACGUGGUCCCAAAAUACCGAAAGAAAUGAAAGAAACACAGGAAACGGAAAAAAUAGAUUCCACAUACAACUCUAGUGGCCCGUGAACUGUUGGCCAUCAGCUGCUGCAGCCUAGGACAGAAAGAAACAAUUGUAGCCAAUGGGCACAAAUACUGUAAUGAUCCCUCAGACAAUGAAAAAAGAAAAACACCACUCUCUCUUAUAGCUAAUGAAUAGCUGAUACGCUGUUGUGCUGUCUGUUAAUCUGAUUCAAUAGUGGGCUAACAUUUUAUUGAAAUGUUGUGUAUGGAAGCAUUACACAUAGAAUUUUAUAACAACAUUAGUUGUAUUAGCCAUAUGCUUGGAAAUAAACCUUUGUUUCUAAUGAGUUCCUCCAGUGCAGAAUACUCAGAAUGAAUCCUGUGAGGAAAUGACUGGAAGAAGUUAUGGAAGUAGAGUGCCAUAAUAGAAGAGAUCUUUUAGCUAAAGGUUGUACAGGAAUAUGUUGUAUGCCUUGGGGAGAUAAUUUAAAAAGAUGGUAGGAGAAUCGUUUAAAGCACUAGAUUGCUCAUUUGAAGCCAUCUUUACUGCAGAUUUUGUUGAGUAACUUAAAUUAUGCAUGUAGAGAGGGCUAGAGCUUUGUCCUUCAGGGAAAUGAAUAAGAAAGAAGCUACUAAAUGAAAUGCAGUGCAGACUGUCCCUGUUUGGUUCCUAAAAUUGACUUUAUAUUGUUCUUUAUGGAUGUAUUUGUACUGGCAGUGUUAUAUAUUAAAAUGAACUAAUUCAUUGAAAAUCAA